CAUACAAGCACACACACAUCUGCACCCCAGCCACAGACUGUACUUGCUGAGCUGGCUCCUGGGGCCAUGAGGCUGUCAUUGUCACUGCUGCUGCUGCUGUUCGGAGCCUGGGCCAUCCCAGGGGGACUCGGGGACAGGGCCCCACUCACAGCCACUGCCCCACAACUGGACGAUGAGGAGAAGUACUCAACCCACAUGCCCUCUCACCUGCGCUGUGAUGCCUGCAGAGCUGUGGCUUACCAGCAGUCCUGAGGCCCCGGCUCCCACUCCCUCCUUGCUCCAGAUGUGGCAAAAUCUAGCAAAGGCAGAGACCAAACUUCAUUCCCCAAACCCUGGUGGGCAGCGGGAGCUGAGCGAGUCUGUCUACCUGGAUGUCCUGGACCGGAGCUGCUCUCGGAACUGGCAGGACUACGGAGUUCGAGAAGUGGACCACGUGAAACACCUCACAGGCCCAGGACUUAGCAAGGGGCAAGAGCCAAGCAUCAGCGUGAUGGUCACAGGAGGCCCCUGGCCCACCAGGCUCUCCAGGACCUGUUUUCACUACUUGGGGGAGUUUGGAGAAGACCAGAUCUAUGAAGCCCACCAACAAGGCCGAGGGGCUCUGGAGGCAUUGCUGUGUGGGGGACCCCACAGGGCUUGCUCGGAGGAGGUGUCAAACACAAGAGAAGAACUCUAGUCCCAGACUGUGACUUCCUCUGAAGGAAGCUGGGCUUGCUCUGAAGGUCUCGACUCCCUGUCUGCAGGCGGCCAGGAGGGCAGGAAAGCCUUGCUCUGUGCUGCCACCCUGCCUCCCUCCUCUAGCUUCAGGGCACUGGGGCCUGGGUGGGAGCCAAGGCCUUCCCCUCUGGACUCAAAUAAAACCCAGUGACCUCA